AUGCUUCUGCACCAACGCGAGCCUCAUGCAGGACUGCAGCAAUUCACCCGGUGGACCGCCUUGUUCCGAUUACCAGCAGCCUUUAAUAUCAUUCCGUCCACACAUGCCACCGAAGCUGCAUAUCAUGCGGAGCCUCCAUGCCCUCUUCCCACCUAUCCCAUUCGCUCCCCACUUAAACGCUCAACAUUUCCUAUUUGCCAAUACCAUACUUCGCCUUUCUCUGAGGCACAGGGUGGUCUUCCUCAGGCCAUAUCGCCCUCAGCCCCACGCGGGGACAUCCACACAUCGUCGUGUCCAUUUCUCAGUCAUGCCCCCUCCAUUAUCGAAAUCACCAGAACCUUAAUCCCCAUUCCAGGCCAUCUCAGAUAG